CACAUGUUGAUGGCCAUCCAAGCCUGUGACUCUUGGCGCUCCCAAUGAGGCUUUCCACUGAGACAGCCGCCCUUCAAGCAGUCGACACAGCCAAGCCUCCAGCAACAAUUUGGUCUCGCGUCUGCCAGGAUGACUUUCGAAACAAUCUUGUCGCCCUGGAGAAGAAAACGAAUGCGGUGCCUGUCGAUGUCCUGAGUGUCAGCGUCGGCGAUACGGAAGAUCAUUCUUCCCACGGCGCUGCCCUUCCUCUUGCUGUGGAGAAGCAAGUUGCUGAUGAUCUUGCCUAUCUGGCCGCAGUCACAGAAGGCGCCCAGAGCGUCGCUGCCGUCUGCCUUGAGCAGCACAUUUCCAAUGGCCCUGCGUCCAGUCUAGUCUGCAGGGUCGCGGGCAUGGACGUGGUGGAUAUGAGUGUCCGGCUAAUGUUGGACAAAAUCUGCGAAAUACUGCAGCAUGUGAGUUCAAGUCCGAGCGAGCUUCACAUGCAAGACCUCCACGGUCCCGCGAUGGCUAUUUUCGGAUUGAUCAUUGAGCAGCACCAGCAGAAGCUUCUGGGCCGUCUGAGGUCUCAGAAAUGGUCCAAGCCUGCUUACUUGGCGCGAACUCACAAGAAGUCGCUAUGGAAAGAUUUCGAAAAUGUCAUACACAGAGCUCAACACGUCUACCCGAAGCGAUCAGAGAAGAUGAUCCGGACCGAUGUUCAAGACCGUUGGAAAGCUCUUGCUGAAACUUACCAAAACUUCGAGGAUGUGGCAGAUGACAGCCAGAAAAUGCUUCAGCUCUUGGUGGGAAGCACCUACGACUUCUGCCAGUCUGCAGCUAUCGCUUCAUUCGCGCGGAAGCUAGAGGAUGUUCAUGCAACACCCCAGAUUGCAGCAGCCUUGAAGACACUGCGCCAGCUCGAGAAGAUAGGGGCGUACUGGAGGAUAGCGAAAGUCUUGGUCAAGACUGCUCGCAGCUACCCAUCAUUGUUCCGGGAAAUCUCAAUCGAGUACAUCACCCCUUACGUGUCAGUGCCCACAGAAAUAGCACAUGAGUCAUGGGCCAAGACUUGCCAUGUGCACGCCGAGGUACAGUUGGCUGUCCAUUACGCCUUGUCGACUACAAGCGAUUGUACCAUCUGGCCAAGAGUAAUCGGCACGAGUAAGUAUUAUUGCUACCUGUGCUAUCUUUUCCUGAGAUAUCAAGGAAAGUAUCAAGCGCUCAACACACAUGGUCGACUAUACGAUCAAUGGACAGUUCCAGACCUUGAAGGCUAUAGCGUGGAGGCAAGAGAGCGAUUUGCCAUGGUGCUGGAGGCUAUGAACAGCCAUAUUGCAGGAAGACUCGGGGAGACAACAGCUCUGAUAUGGCGGCCUGAACCCAUGACUAGUCGACAAAAUUUGCUUUGCUAUCAACAGACUGCCUCUCCGACCGAGGAGCUGGAAGAUGCAAUGCAGAGGGCAACUAUUUCAGUACCAUUGACAUGAGCACCUCGAACCGUUCAGCUCGCAGUCUUUCUAGACGACGUGCCCACGUUCCAGGCAGCGGGUUCCAGCUUACUUGUGUGGCAUUAAGCGCAUGAUGUCUUUGAGGAUAUAGCGGGUUGUUGAGUCUCCCGGUACUUCGGUCUUCAGAUGGAAAACUUCCGAGAAGUAUAGAGGGUCCUUGCUAUUGUCGAGCUACUCUGAAUCAGCAUCGUCUGUGGGAUGGACCAUUUAGAAAUGAGACCUACGAAGACUCUGCCCAUGGCUAGAACGAUCAUGUCAUCCCUCG